UCAAGUGUACUUCCGGUGGCUAACAUGCUAACUUUUCCUUUCGUUACCGUAAGAUGCAGCCGGAGUUCAGCAGCAGAGCCUGCAUGUGAGGAUAAACGUGUUUAAGUGGACUCUGUUUAAACUUUCGGGAUGUUUCACCUCAGACUCAUCUCCUGUUAGCCAAGAAUGCUAAAGGAAGUUAGCUUGUUAGCAGGAAGUAGCCGGAGCCGGAGCUCGGCCUCACAGUCGGAGCAGCUUCCAUAGAGACCAAACUGUAUUUUUCACGGAGCCCAAAUGUCCAAAUGUCCAGAUAGAGCUGUCUGAAUAGACUCUGUGCUGUUCCCUUUAUCUGAACAUGUUUAACAUCUGAAUUAUCUCCCGGUGUCCUACGAAGCUAAUGCAGUUAGCUUAGCUUGCUAGCUGGAAACAGUCUGGAGGAAAAGCUGCUGUGAAUUAGUAAAAAUGUCUAAAGUGGAGAACGAGGAGGAACUUUGUGGACAACGCAAACUACUGGACGCUGUUUUCAAGCCUGGAGCAGACUUCCAGCUGCUGUUGGUGAGUAAAGAAGAGGCUCCCCCUGAGCAGCAGGAGUGGCGCCCCAGUCUGGACCAGGAGGACCCACCAGAGCCCCCGCACAUUAAAGAUGAGUGGAGCCCCAGUCUGGACCAGGAGGACCCACCAGAGCCCCCGCACAUUAAAGAUGAGUGGAGCCCCAGUCUGGACCAGGAGGACCCACCAGAGCCCCCGCACAUUAAAAAUGAGUGGAGCCCCAGUCUUGACCAGGAGGACCCACCAGAGCCCUUACACAUUAAGGAGGAGUGGAGCACCAGUCUGGACCAGGAGGACCCACCAGAGCCCUUACACAUUAAGGAGGAGUGGAGCCCCUGUCUGGACCAGGAGGACCCACCAGUGCCCCCACACAUUAAAGAGGAGAGGAGCCCCAGUCUGGACCAGGAGGACCCACCAGAGCCCCCACACAUUAAAGAGGAGAGGAGCCCCAGUCUGGACCAGGAGGACCCACCAGAGCCCCCACACAUUAAGGAGGAGUGGAGCCCCUGUCUGGACCAGGAGGACCCACCAGUGCCCCCACACAUUAAAGAGGAGAGGAGCCCCAGUCUGGACCAGGAGGACCCACCAGAGCCCCCACACAUUAAGGAGGAGUGGAGCCCCUGUCUGGACCAGGAGGACCCACCAGUGCCCCCACACAUUAAAGAGGAGAGGAGCCCCAGUCUGGACCAGGAGGACCCACCAGAGCCCUUACACAUUAAGGAGGAGUGGAGCCCCUGUCUGGACCAGGAGGACCCACCAGUGCCCCCACACAUUAAAGAGGAGAGGAGCCCCAGUCUGGACCAGGAGGACCCACCAGAGCCCCCACACAUUAAGGAGGAGGGGAGCCCCUGUCUGGACCAGGAGGACCCACCAGUGCCCCCACACAUUAAAGAGGAGAGGAGCCCCAGUCUGGACCAGGAGGACCCACCAGAGCCCCCACACAUUAAGGAGGAGUGGAGCCCCUGUCUGGACCAGGAGGACCCACCAGUGCCCCCACACAUUAAAGAGGAGAGGAGCCCCAGUCUGGACCAGGAGGACCCACCAGAGCCCCCACACAUUAAGGAGGAGUGGAGCCCCUGUCUGGACCAGGAGGACCCACCAGUGCCCCCACACAUUAAAGAGGAGAGGAGCCCCAGUCUGGACCAGGAGGACCCACCAGAGCCCCCACACAUUAAAGAGGAAGAGGAGAAACUCUGGACCAGUCAGGAGGGAGAGCAGCUUCAAGGGCUGGAGAAGGCUGAUAUCACCAAGUUCACAUUCACUCCUGUCCCAGUGAAGUGUGAAGAAGACGAUGAAGAGAAACAUCUGUCCUCACAGCUUCAUCAAAGAUUAACUGAACAGAUGGAAACAGAAGCUGAUGAAGAACCAGAACCAGGCAGGAAUUUGGAUCCAGACAGACAUUUACAACCCGAUACUGAUGACAAGACUUCUAACUCCUCAGAACCUGAGACAGAUGACAGUUGUGAUUGGGAGGAGACCUGGGAACCUCAGUCAGGUUCAACCCCUCUGCAAAAUAACAGACAUAAUACUGAUGAGAAAUUAUUUAGCUGCUCUGAGUGUGGUAAACGAUUCAGCCGGAACUCAAAUUUGAAGAGACACAUGAGCAUCCACACAGGGGGGAAACCAUUCAGUUGCUCUGUUUGCAGUAAAACAUUUUCACGACAUGUGUAUCUGAUAAACCACAUGGUGCUCCACACAAGGGAGAAACGAUACAACUGCACUGUUUGUGGCAAACGAUUCACUUGGCCUUAUCAGCUCAAAAACCAUCAGUGUGUUGGUUGUCAGUCCUCAGAGCUUCAUCACAGACAAACUGAAGAGAACAGAGAUACAGAGCAUUUGAAAACAGAAGCUGAUGGAGAGGACUGUGGAGGACCAGAACCAGCCAAAGACUCCGAUCCAGAUAGACAUUUACAACCAGAUACUCAUGACAAGACGUCAGACUCUGAACCUGAGACUGAUGACAGUUGUGGUUGGCAGGAGACCAGGGAACCUCAGUCAGCUUCAAACCUUCUGAAAAAUAACAGACAUAAUACUGGUGAGAAGUCGUUUAGCUGCUCUGAGUGUGGUAAACUGUUCAGUCGAAACUCAGAUCUGAAGAGACAUACGAGAAUCCACACAGGAGAGAAACCAUUUAACUGCUCAUUUUGCAGUAAAAAAUUUAUACAAAAGGUUUAUCUGACAAACCACAUAGCACUCCACACUGGAAAGAAACGAUACAGCUGCAGUGUUUGUGGCAGAGGAUUCACUUGGCCUUAUCAGCUCAAAAAACAUUGGUCUCUUUGUCAUCAGCCCUCAGAGCAUCAAAGACUAACUGAACAGAUGGAAACAAAAAGUGAUGGAGAGGACUGUGGAGCACCAGAACCAGCCAGGAACUCAGAUCCAGACAGACAUUUACAACCCGAUACUCAUGACAAGACGUCAGACUCCUCUGAACCUGAGGCAGAUGACAGUUGUGAUUGGGAGGAGACCAGGGAACCUCAGUCAGGUUCAAACUCUCUGCAAAACAAUGAAGUACCUGGAAUUGAUGUGGAAUUUAAUACUGGAAAAACAUCAAGUAGCUUCUCUGAAUGUGCUACAAGCUCUAGCCACAGAGGACAUCUGCAGGAACACAAUGGACUCCAAACAGGAGAGAAACCAUUUAGUUGUUCAGUUUGUAAUAAAAGAUACUUAGAGAAGAACUCUUUAGCAAAUCAUAUGAGACUUCAUUCAAAAGGGAAACAUUUCAGCUGUUCAGAUUGUAAAAAAACAUAUCAAUGGAGGGUAGAGUUUCUGAGGCACAUGAGAACCCACACGGGCGAGAAACCCUUUAGUUGUUCUGUCUGCGGUAAAGGAUUUUCACAAAAGGAACAUCUGAGACAACAUAUGAGAAUCCACACAGGGGAGAAACCCUUAAGUUGUUCAGUUUGUGGUAGAAGAUUUGCACGAAGCUCAAAUUUGAUCUCACACUUACGAAUUCAUACAGGAGAAAAACCUUUCACAUGCUCAGUUUGUGAAGCAAAUUUCAGUCACAGAAGUGCUUUGUCCAGACACACUAGAAUCCACACAGGGGAGAAACCCUUUAGUUGUUCAGUUUGUUAUAAAAGGUUCACUCGGCUCAGUCUUCUCAAAAAGCACAAAUGUGCUGGUGAGAGCAAUGAAAGUAAAUGAAGCUGCAGAGAUGUUUGUUGGAUCUACACUAGUUCAAUUCCAUUUAUUUAUAUAGCGCACAACAGUUAUCUCAUUGCAUUUUUCAUAUAGAGCAGGUCUACACUCUAUAUUAUUGUGAUAUUCUUUACAGAGACUCAACAGUCCCCAUCGUGAGUAAGCACUUGGCAACAGUGAUAAUGAAAACUUUCUUUUAACAGGCAGAAACCUCACACACAACCUAGACAUAGGGUGGAUGGCCAUCUGCCUUGAACGCCUGCAUUUAGAGAGAAGGGGGUGUUAGAGGGUCCACAUUAUGCCUGUCAACCCAUAGCAGCACAUAAAAGGUCUGCGUGUCCUUUAAAUCCAGCUUUAUUCAGCUAACUGUCCGGAUAUCAACCUGGCCAUCUGUUCCCGGGAGGCUGCAGCUCACACUGACUGACCGUAAGGCUGAGAAAGUGACUGUGGGGUAGUGCUGAAUGAUUAAUUGCAUUUGCAAUAAUAUCGUGAACGAGAUUGUGUAAUCACAAAUGCUGCGAUUAUGGUCACAUGACGCGGAAGUCCAGCAGUCUGCAGAGGAAGCAUCAACUUCGCACGUUAUGCUGCACCGUGACUUGUUGUACAAUGUCCGCAGGAUUGACAGAAGCUGAUACUGCAGAAGCUUUAGUGUCAAACAUACACGCCACCCGCAGGUGAAAUGCACAACAGAAAGAUACUUGUAGUACAGUUAGCGUAUUAUGGCGGUCGGCACAUGCGCCUGCAUGAAUUGAACCUUAAACUGAUUUUUUUUGUUUGCUGGGAUCCAGAAAAGAGUUUUUUGUUGAGAUAUGGACUCAUGUUGAGAUUCAAACUGAGACGACGACUCAUUAAUUAAUUGUAGAAUAGUGGGUUUUGUAAUAAGCACUUACUGUAACGUCAUAAUGCACUCUGUUGAUCUGGUUUUUCUUGUGGUCUGUAGUUACGCCUACCUGAUGAUAUUAUUUAUUGCAAUGACUUGACUCUCAAAUUAUUAUAAUUUGAACUACUUCUCCAGCAUUGCUCAUAAUGCACUGUCACUGCUUUUUUUUUUUUUAGCUUGCUGUGUUCUGUGUGUGCUGAUAAUUCAAUGAGUUGCUGGCUGUAAAUCAUAAAGUGUAUUUUGUCAGACUGAGACAAUGACUGGCACCUCGUUUAAAUACCAGCGACUGCUGCAUAAAAGCUGGAUUUGGUUUCUCUCUCCUGGGAUGCAUUUCCCUCUGCUAUUACAACAUUUUGCUCGCCGUAAGCCAAAAAAUCUCCAGGCAGUAAGUCCUGUCCUGUGCUGGGCAACAGGAGAAUCCAAAUUCUGGACAUGGGAAUGGAAAGGAUAAAAAAUGUGUAGCAUUACUGGAACAAAAUCUCUGAACAACCUUAAUUGUAAUCGAGUAGUGACAAAACCUUCAGGACUUUAGAACAGACACUACCAACCCCUUUAAACGAGCCUUAUUGAGACAGAUGGUUCAAUAAAAUGCAGAAGAGACUAUUGUUUAAGGACUGUAUUGUUUGAAAGGAUUUAUUCCUAAAAGGGAGUUUUUCUUGCUACUGUUGCCAGGUGCUUGCUCAUGGUGAGUAAAUAAUAUUACAAAGACUACGGUGUAGACCUGCUCUAUAUAAAAAGUGGCGCUAUAUAAAUAAAAUUGAAUUGAUUCCAGGGGUUGAAUCAUAGUUAUUAAAAGAUGUUUGAUGUGUUGUUGGGUUAUUAAUGUGAACUGUCGGGAUGGUGGCCUUCAGUUGGCUUCUGUUUCUGCUCUUUUAUCUGUAAGAAGAAAUGCCCUGUUAUUUAUCUGCAGAUUGACCCAUUUGUUUCUGGUAAUUUUGGUCCUGUGUCUGUGUUGAUCAGGUGCAGCUUGUUUAAUUUCAUGAUAAAAUAAUGUCACAUUUUGUAGGAACCAGAACUGAACAAUGGGAAACGUCUAUGUCUUCAUUUAUUAAUUUAGAUAUUUUAUACGUUCUAUGCUUUAUUUAUUCAUUUGGACACUUUAUACUUUCUAUAUUUUGUUUAUUUUAACCUGUGUUGUCACAGUAGCACAUUUUCCAGCAUAAGAAAAACUAUUCUGAUAUUUUACAAAACUACUAAUGGUAAUAUGUAAAAAUACUCAAUCGUAAGUGAAAGCCCUGUAUUUGAAGUUGAAUUCGGUCUUGACCCGGUUUCUCCCACUCUGUGAGAUGGUAAUAAGUUUGUGGUAACUUGAUUAAAGGCUCAUUUUGUUGAAACCUGG